AUGAAUGUUGAUAGAGAUGAAAAAGAAAGACACGGUAUCAGAACACCUGAUCCAGAACACAAUGUCACAACACUUGAUCCAGAACACAAUGUCACAACACCUGAUCCAGGACACCACAUCACAACAUUUGAUCAAGAACACAGUGUCACAACAAUUGAUCCAGAACACAAUGUCAUAACAGUUGAUUCAGAACACAGUGUCAAAAGACUUGAUUCAGAACACAAUCUCACAACACUUGAUCCAGAACAAAGUGUCACAACAUUUGAUCUAGAACACAAUGUCACAACACAUGAUCCAGAAUACCAUGUCACAGCACUUGAUCUAGAACACAAUGUCACAGCACCUGAUCCAGAACAAGAUGUUGCAAUACUUGAUCAAGGACACAAUGUCACAACACUUGAUCAAGAACAUAAUGUCAAAACACCUGACCCAGAACACAGUGUCACAACAUUUGAUCCAGAACACAGUGUAUCAACACCUGAUUCUGAACACAAUGUCACAACACCUGAUCCAGAACACAGUGUCACAACAUUUUAUCUAGAACACAAUGUCACAACAUCUGAUCCAGAAUACCAUGGUACAGCACUUAAUCCAGAACACAAUGUCACAACACUUGAUCAAGAACACCACAUCACAACAUUUGAUCAAGAACACAGUGUCACAACAAUUGAUCCAGAACACAAUGUCAUAACAGUUGAUUCAGAACACAGUGUCACAAGACUUGAUUCAGAACACAAUCUCACAACAUCUGAUCCAGAACACAGUGUCACAACACCUGAUCUAGAAUACCAUGUCACAGCACUUGAUCCAGAACACAAUGUCAUGGCACUUGAUCCAGAACACAAUGUCUCAACACCUGAUCCAAAACAUGAUGUUGCAACACCUGAUCCAGGACACCAUGUCACAACACUUGAUCCAGAACACAAUGCAACAACACCUGAUCCAGAACACAAUGUCACAACACUUGAUCAAGAACUCAAUGUCACAACACCUGAUCCAGAACUCAAUGUCACAACACUUGAUCAAGAACUCAAUGUUACAACACUUGAUUCAGAACACAAUGUCACAACACUUGAUCAAGAACACAAUGUUACAACACUUGAUUCAGAACAGACUGACAAUAAAGUUGAAGCGGAAAAGGAAUGCAAAAGUAUUGUUAAUGGUGAUAAUGAUGCUACAUUUGACCCAAUAAACAAUGGCAUGAAUUUUGUUGAUGAAAAUGAUACUGACAGUAACAUAGACGUUUACGAUGAAAUGGAGAAACACAGUGUCGAUAAUGGUGACAAUAAUGCCAUACAGGAGAGGGAAGAAAAUAACAUAAAUGUUGAUGAUAAAACGAUAACCAACAGUAUUGAAUAUGGUGACAAUAACUUUAUACUGGAAAGAGAACAUAAUAACACUGGUGAUGAAAAAGAAAGCAACAGUGUAAAAAGUGUACACAGUUACAAUACCCAUGUGCCAGAGCAAAGUAACGUUGAUGAUGCAGAGAAGAGCAACGGUGCAGAAAAUGAUAGCGAUAACAGAAUGGUUGAGUCAAAAUGCCAUAAAAUCAAUGUUGAUGAUGUAAAUGCAAACAACGAUGAAGACAGUGGUGGUGAUAACCAUUUACUUGAGCCAGAACAUAAUGAUGUAAAUGAGGAAAAUCAAAAGCAGAAGGAUGUUAAUGUUAAUAAAGAAAAGGAAAACAGCUGUUUAGAAGUUGGUGACAGUAAGGCUAUACUUGGAUCAGAACAUAAUAACAUAAAUAUUGAUGAUGACAAAGAAAGCAUCAGUAUAGAAAAUGUUGACAAUUGUGUUAAACUUGAUGAGGAACCUAGUUGGAUAACUUUUGAUGAUAAAACAGAAAGCAGCAUUGAUAAUAACACUACCCUUGAGCAGAAACUGGCUGAUAUAAAAGUUAAUGAAGAAAAUGAAAGCAAAAAUACAGCAAAUGAAAAAAAUAAAGCUAUACCUGAUCAAGAAAACAAUGUUAUAAAUGUUAAUGAUGAUAAAGAAAACAACAAUACUAUAAACUAUGACAUUACCCCUGAACAAGAUCUGAACGACAUUGAUAUUGGUAAUGAAACAGAAAACAUCUGUGUAAAUGAUGUAAACAGUAAAUCUAUACUUGAAGCUAUAGUUGGGCCAGAAGAUAAUGACAUAAAUGACAUAAAUAUUGAUCAUGGAAUAGAAAGCAUCACAAAUGAAAACAAUGAUUUUAUACCUGAUCAAGAACAAGAAGAAGAUGUUAUAAAUGUUAGUGAUGAAAUAGGAAGCAACAAUACAGAAAACACUACCCUGGAACAAAAACAGAAUAUCAUUAAUAUUGAUAAUGAUACAGAAAACAGCUGUGUAGGAAAUAGUAACAGUACCCAUGUACAUGAGCCAGACCAUUAUGACAUAUGUGUUGAUGAUGAAAAAGAAGACAGUAACACAGAAAAUGAUGACAACAGCAUCAUACAUGAGCCAGGGUACCAUGACAGUAAUGAAAACAGUGAAAGUAUCUCUAAAGCAAUUAAUGACAAUGACAUUGUUCAAGAUUACAGUGGUAUAAAAAUUGAUGAUGAAAAAGAAAGCACCAGUCUAGUAAAUAUCUUUAACACAGAACAGGAUGAUAUUGAAGUGGAUGAUAAAAAUGAGUGUAUUGGUGUAGAGGAUGACGACAAUAACAUUAAGCCCGAGCCAGGUGUAAUUGUCAGUAUAGAAAAUGAUAUUAACAUUAAUACGGAACUUGGACAUGGUGAUGAAAACCAUAAUGAUGACAACAAAAGCAGCAGGAGAAUAAAUUCAAUAACCUGUCAGCUUGAGAAAGAUGACAUUCAUUUUGAUGAUGAAAAUGAAACAAAUAUACAUGUAUUUGAUAAUGGUAACAAAAGGUGUAUGCCUGAACUGAACCGUGAUGGAAUCAACUGUGGCGAUGAAAAGGAAAGCAACAUUCAGGAAAAUAAUUACCAGACUGGUAUUCGUGAGAUAGAUGAUUAUAACAUACAAAAUGACAAUGAUAUUAAAUAUACCUCUCAAGAAAACGAAGGCAACACUUGUUUAGUACUCUCUGAACCUCAGGUCAUAAAACUGGAUCAUGAAAACAAAGAUUCGGGUUUUGAAAAUAAAGUCAACUUUGGUGAAUUCGAACAAUACAAAAGCAUGAAUGAUAAUGCUGACAAAAAAAGUAAUUUUCAGAAAAAUACUGACAUUGACUGUAUACUUGAGUCAGAAUGCGAUGAAAAAAGCAUAAGUAAUGACAAAGAAAAUGUUCUAGAAAAUGUUUACAACAUUGGUAACAAAGAUCUGAAACAUGAUGUUGUUAAUGAUGGAAUUGAAAUUGUCAAUGAUAGCAGAUACGAUAUUGAUGACACGGAAGGCAUCAAUCAAGACUAUGCUGACAACAUUAAUGUUUCUGAGCUGAAAAAUUAUGAUAUAGACAUUAAUGAUAUAAAUUAUGAGCAAGUAGGCAAUCUCAAUGAAGUCAAUAUUGACAAAGUAAGCAUCAUUGACGACGAUUCAGACAAAAACAGUGUGCUUUUGGCAAAACAGUGUGGUGAAGUCAUGUCAGUUGAUGAAACUAUGGACAAUAUUCAAGGAAAUAUUGACACCUGUGAUAUGAAAGAACGAAAUGAUAGCAUAGCAAAUAAUGAUCAAAUAGGAAACAGGGUGCAAGAAAAUUCUGAAAACACACAUGAUAUUGAUACUUGUCAGGACAUCACAGUUAAUGAUGUAAAAGGAAAAUAUGAAAAUGAAAAUAUUUGUGCCAAUAAAAUGCUUGAACCAACUUCAAAUGAAGACCUAUCAGUUGAAGAUGAAAAAGACAGCAUCAUGUCAGCAACUGAAAAAGAAAUAGUGAUGACAGAGGAUUUUGAAAAAGUAAAUGACAUGCAUGAAAAUUAUGAUAACAACACAGCUGUUGAACCAAAUGAUAGCAGUAUGAAUAAUGAUAGUAUAGAACGAAAAGUGAUUGAAAAUGAGUGCAACUAUAGUACACUUCAGCCUAAGAAAACUGAUUUAUCAGUAAAUGAUGAAAAGCAAAGCAACAUAAUAGAUGAUAUCGAAGAUAAUCUUGACCGACCUGAUGACAAAAGUGUUGUUUAUGAGAAAGAAAGCACCAGGCUAGAAAAUGGGAAGUGUGAUAAACUGGAGACUGAUAAUGAAGUUAAAAGCAACAGACUAAAUACUAUUGAAGACAAACAAAUUGACACAUUUGAAGAUGGUGAAGAAGUAAGCACUAAAUUAGAAAAUGUUGACAGCAAUGAUAAAAUUGAGACAGAACAAAAUAAUGGUAUAAUAUUUGAUGAAAAGGAAAACAACAUGCAAGAAAAAAUUGAAAGUAAAGACAACAUGGAACACUGUGGUGAUACAAUAGUAGAUGGUGAAGAAGAAGGCUUUGGACUACAAAAAAAUCCCUUAAGAGAUAUAAUUGAGAAAGAGCAGAAUAACAGUAAAACAAUUGAUGAUGAAAAAGAAAAUAAUACUGAAUAUGAAGGUACCAUUGAUCAAAAUAAUAAAUUAGCUGUUGAUGAUGUGGAAGAUAUAAAAUGUCUUGAUGAUAUUGACAUUAAUCAAGUCAUUUGUGUAGUUGAACAUGAAUUAGAUGAUAUCAAUUAUGAUUUUGAUAAAAAUGAAGGCAGGAUGAGAAAAAAAUUUGAUAGAACUCUUGAACAAGAAUCAAAUGAUGACACUAAGGUCUUUGAAGAUGUGUAUACAUUGACAAAUGUUGAGAUAGUUAACACAGCAGCUGUAGAGUGUCCUACUGAUAAGGACAAAGUUUCCAAAGAGCCACCAUCUUCCAAGGAAUCAAGUAGGUCAGAAAAUAAAGUUGGUAAGAGUUAUAAUAAGACAAUACAUUAUCAACAGAAGAAAAGUACCAAAAUCUCCAAACAGAAAGUCAAAGGUGAACAUGUAGAUUCAUCUGAUGAAAGUGAUGAUGACAUUGAUGACUCUGGUCAGUACCAUCCUGAACUUUAUACCAGGAUGAUUGACUUUAGUGCAGAUAUUAAUGAACCAGUUGAUAAAGAAGAAUUCAGUUUGAAAGAAAUUGAAAAGAUUAUAGAUAAGAUAGAGACUGAGACUGAUAGGGAAGAAAGUAACAAAACAUCAGACAAAGAAGAGCUGCCAGAGAACAAUAAAAAAGCACAAGAUCUUGCACCAGAAAAGAAGAAGAAAAUAUCUGUUAAAAAGGUCAUUCAAGGGGAUACUGUGAACUCCAGGGAUAAAGGUUCAGAAAGCUCUGAAGGCAUUGAUGAUGAAGGUCAGUACCAUCCAGAAUUAUAUGAAAAAGAAUGGAUUGUUAACAGAUAUGAAGAUGAUGUUGAUGAAGAGUGUACAUCACAACCAAAUAGCAGACAAAAUAUUGAAGUUCUCAAUAUUACAGAGAUGCCUGGUCUGUCAACAGUUGAUAUUGACCUUGAAGAUGCUGAAGGUGAUGAGCCUGUUGAUCCCAAUAUUGUAAAGGAGAAACUUGAAAAAUGGAUAAAGACAGAGAGAGAUUCGUCAAUUAAGAAAGAAACUGAGAGGUUUAUAAAUGAAGGUAUGCCUGGAGACCAGCAUGAAAUACAGCAAAAAAUUCAGGCUAAGUACAAUGAACAGAGGAGACAACAUGAUAAGGACAUAAAGGAGUUAGAAAGGCGAAACAGUCAAGAAAGAGCAUAUAGCAGAACUACUCAUGGCAGUCAAGACAGAUUGUACCAGGGCAGUAGACGUAACAGCCAAGAAUUUGUACACAGAAGCAGACAUAGUAGUCAAGACAGUUUGCACCAGAUGAGUAGACGAAGUAGUCAGGAAGGGGGAUAUAGAAGCAGGCGAAUGAGUCAAGAAGAGAUAUAUGCAAGGAGCAGGCAGAAUAGUGUUGAAGGAUUGUACGACAGAGGUAGGGGAUUAGUAGAUUAUAACAGACAUGGUGGUAGUCAUGCUCAAAGGCAGUCUAGUCAUGAACAUGUUACUGCAGUGAGACGUGACAGUUUCAAAGGCAGAGAAGGUGAAAUGACUAGAAGUGUUAGCAGACAGAGCAGUAGAGAAGGCUUUUAUGAUGAGAGAAAGUAUAGCAGCCCAGGUGAAUCGUAUGCUAGAAGUAGACAUAGCAGUGGUGAAGAGCUUCUUAGAAAAGGUGAAGGACUUUCAAGGCAUGGUAGUCAGGAUAAGUCCCAUAUUUAUAAACGACGAGAUAACUAUGAGAGAAGUGAAAGUGGUAGCUCUGAGAAAAUGUAUCAAGAUUUUCCAGAGGAUUCUAAAUAUCGAAGAAAAAAUGUGAUUGAAAAAGGAACACUCAGUAGACAUGAUGACCUUUAUGAAAGGAGGCAAGUGAGCCGAAGGGAAAGCCUUGAGCUUGUGCAAGAGAGAAAUGAAAGAAAUCAAAGCCUGCCUCAAUUUGAUGAAGGUUUUAUGGAAGGUCGGCUUGGAAGAAAGUCUGAUUAUAUUGAAGUGAAAAAGUUCAGAAAAGAUACAAAGCAUGGCCUUGGCAGUGAUAAGAAAAAGGCUGAUUUCCUUACUUCAGCACAGCUUAAAAUAUUUUGUCAGCCCCCAAAGAAUCCAAAACCUAAUGUUGGUCACGUUGACAUGCUGAGCGUAAGCAUCGAACGGCCUAAGGGCAAAGAAAACAAAAGAAAAAGCCUUGUAAGUAGUACAUCAAUUGAGAAAACGAGAGAUUUGCCAGAGUAUAACACAGAUUCAUUGGCGUUUCAAGCCAAGAUAUUUGACGUUUAUAGAUAUGAAAAACAAGAGAAAAAGGGGAGAAAAAGUAAUUUGAAAUCUGAUCUGGAUGGCAGAGGAAGUAAUCAAUACAGUGGACAAUUUAACGAAUCUGGAUUUCCGCAUAAAGAUAACAAGCUCCGUCAAAUUUACAACAGAAAUGUGGAUAUUGCAUCGAGUGCUAGCUUAGAACCCAAUAAUGUUAUUGAUCCGCUCGCGAAAAACAGAUGUGCUCAAAAACAUGAGGCAUACUUACGGACACCGUCCUUAGUAGCCAAUUCUAAUCAAGAUAAUGGAGAGACUUUUUAUUCCGCUAAUCCAGAUUAUGUACAUACACGGAGUAAAUACCAACAAAAUCUAGGGGGACGAAGGUGCCCAAACUCUAUUGAUGGAGUUAACGAUAAGGGCAGGAUGAAAAUUCCGACAAAGUCUGGGGAAACCUCACAAGAUGGCCCUCUAAGUUUAACAGAUACAUUCGCCCCAAUGGACCGAGGCCAAAACGACAGUCAUAAUCUCUCCCAGUCGCAGGGGAAACUUUCCGACAGCACGACGUCUCUCAACAACCGUCAGGCGCCGGCGAAAUCGCCGUCACGUCAGAACACAUUAGUGAAACAAACUUCCGUACAGUCGAAUCAGUCCGAGAUAAAUGGCGAGAAAAGAGACGAUCCUCAUGGCAUCAAGUUCGAAAGACUUAAAAAUCUCGAGGAGGAUGAUUUGAUGGCAAAAAUUAAGGAGAUCAUAGGUCACCUUGAGAAACUAGAAGAUUAUCACCGUGGCGACGGCAUGCGCAUACAGAAAAUGCUAGGUGACAUGUACUGGGACUACACUCACCUUAGAGAGAUGAUAGCUGACUGUAUGGCAGAAAAUGGAUACGCAGUUGUUUCCAUGAAGAUGUUGAAGACACUCAAUGGUAUAGGUAUAUUCAAGAAUGAUGAUGUCUGGUUCCCGACAUAUUAUACAUACAAUACUAUGUGGAACUUCUCUGAUGCUAGCAGCAAUCUUGCAAAGGCCCUCUCAGAAAAUGAUGCUGUCAGGUUGUUAACAUUAAACUGUGGCCAUAAACCCUACAUCAAUGCCUUACAUAGUAAAAAUGUAUUUUACGUAAUCAAGGCAUCAUUGAGUAUAUUACACAACAUGGCGAGAAACUCUGGGAUGAAACAUUUGUUUGAUGAAAACAAGACUUCAGAGACGAUCAUGCCUUUUAUGGACUCUGAAGAUGAAAUGUUGAAAAUUCUGGCAACAUUGACUAUAGCAAACAUAGUGGAUGAAGAAGAAAACAAAACAGUUAUCGCUGAAACAGGUACAAUACAUUGUAUGGUGAGUUGGAUAGAGAAGGCUAUCAGUUUACCACGACGUCGAUUUAAGGGCUUCACUCCGCAGGAAUUGACGGAAGGACUAAAUAAACUUGCUGUCAAUGACAGUAACAAAAUGAGAAUAGUUGAGGAAAGUUCGCUGCCAAUGUUUCUGUUAAUGCUGCAACACGAGGACGUUCGCGAACAAAGCUCUGCGGCCCGCAUUAUUUGGACACUUUCUUUCGAUAAAGAUGUGCGACAUAAACUGUUAGAACACUCUGAUCUCAUAGCGACUCUUGAAAAGCUCACGGAAAGUACGAAUAAAAGUGUACAACAAAAUGCCAAUGGUGCAUUGUGGAUUAUAAAGGGAGAGAAUGACAUAUCAAGGGAAAGUAAAAAUGCAAAUGAUCCGAACUACUACAAGCCAAAAGGUACACCAACAAAAUCACAUGUUUUCCUCAGCUACUCAUGGUCAGAUAAAGACACAGUAUUACAGAUCAGGGACAAAUUACGGGCGGAGGGUUACGCUAUAUGGAUAGAUAUAGAGAAAGGGUCAGCGGCAUCCCUCGAGGGGAUGGCCAAUGCCAUUGAGAACUCAGCUGUUGUACUAAUUUGUAUGUCAGAGAAGUACAAACAGAAUCCUAACUGUAGAACAGAAGCAGAAUAUACAUUCCAACUGAAGAAGGAUUACAUUCCACUCAUGUUACAGAAAAAAUACCGGCCUGAUGGUUGGCUGGGAUUUAUAUUGGGGGCCAAAUUAUACUUUGAUUUUAGCGGGAAAUAUCCAUUUGAGAAGUCUUUAACGGGACUUUUGAAGGAAUUAAGGGGUAGGGGACAGGUGACACCUAAUACAACCCCUGUAGGAAGUAAUGACACUAGUGAUGGUAACAUGGUAACAUCUCAAUCUCUGACCUCAUAUGCUAGUCCUGGGACCCCAGUGCCUUCCAAUUCAGUGUUAAUGUCGAUGGGCCAGGAAGAAUUAGUAAAAUGGCUUAGAGUUGUCAAACUAACAGAAUGUAUACCCGCCUUCCUAGAGUUUGAUGGGAGAUUACUCUUGCAGCUUAAACAAAUGAGGACAGAGGCCCCGGAAUUCUUCUAUCAGUGUUUAGAGAAGAGACUGAACAUGUCUUUGAUUGAAAUACUCAAGUUUACACGUGCACUUGAAGAACUACAUUAGCACGUGCAACAAAAAAGACAUAAAAUAAACAAUCUAUUAUAUAGAUAUGACUUACUGCAGUUACAACUCAACAGGGACUAAUGGGGGUUAUACAUUUCGUCACCUCGGUGCAAUAACUGGUUAACUCCUAUUAAAUUUAGAAGGAG